AUGAGCCGCGGAGUCACUGUCAAGGACGUUAGUUCACAUGAGUUUAUCAAGGCUUACUCUGCCUACCUCAAGCGUACUGGUAAGCUCGAGCUCCCAAAGUGGGUUGAUCUUGUCAAGACCGGUGCCGACAAGGAGCUUGCUCCUUAUGACCCAGACUGGUACUAUGUUCGUGCUGCAUCCGUUGCUCGCCAUAUCUACCUUCGCGGAGGUGUUGGUGUAGGUGGUCUUAGAAAGAACUAUGGUGGUACCAAGAACCGUGGCAGCAAGCCUCACCAUGGAGGUAUUGGCUCUGGAUCCAUUGCCCGUGCUAUCUUCCACUCUCUUGAGAAGAUCAAGGUUCUUCAGUUGCACCCUAACGGUGGCCGUAAGAUCUCUGUCGAUGGACAGAAGGAUUUGGAUCGUAUUGCUCAACAGAUUGUCGAGUCUCAAGAAAGCAGCCAGUUUUAAAUGAUCUCUUGUGCCAACAUGCCAUUCAUCGUCUUAUAUAGCGAAAUAGCGUUAGGUCUUUGGAGUUGUUCUUGGAGAGGAGUGUGUUGGGUUUGAUGUUCGUCUUCCAGCGUCUGGCUACACUAAUAUUGGUGGAGUUUCAGGCAAUACACAUUUCUGCGAUCCUUUUUGCCUUGAUUGGCCUUGGACCAGAUUUUAUUUC